UUAAACUCGCUGACGCAUCAAGCCCUGGUGAGCACUGACAAGUUUUGCGCCUCGUUAGCUUAACUGUGAUAGCUGCUGCCGAAGCGGUGAAUCUGCUCGAUAUGGCUCUUGCAUACGCUGAUAACCACUGCUACGGAGAAGCGCAUAGCCGGAAACGCCCCGGGCAGCAACGGCGCGAUUUCACCGGACUGGGCCAAGAUGGGCUGAAGCAGCCCGUUGACCUCUACCAGCAGCCGGACUUCCUCGACGUCCCUAAAGAGCACCAGCCAGUAUCCAGCAGCGCCAUGGGUUCAGCGGCUUCGGCUGGGACACACUUCUUUGCGUCGGGCGCCGCGGCUAUGCUCAAAUCGCUGCGCGGGAGCGGCCCCGCCAAGAGCAAGGCCCCGGUCGUGGUUGGCGUGACUCGCUCAGAAGAUGACCUAGCGUCUCUACUGUCGGGCUCGGCAAACGACUUUUCUUCGGCCUCUUCUUCCGGUCAGAACACGACCUCUUCGUCCACCAGCUCGCGACGCUCCGACUCCCCCUGCGUAACGACCACCGCCGGCGCGGCAGCAGGGCCCGCUGCCGCCUCCGACUCGCAGCCCGCUAGCGUCGAUGCCGUCGCAGAGGUUGACGAGGUGCUUCACGGCCACAACGGCAGCACCACCUAUGCCGGCAGCUGCAGCCGCCGCGGCAGCCACGCUCACGCCACCAGCGCCAGCGCCGGCGCACCCGCCGACUCCGCCGCCGCCCGCCGCGCCUCCACCCGCCGGCCCAAUGCGGUUUCCAUUGGCGGUAGCGGCAACGUCGGCGGCAGCGGCAGCGGCAGCGGCGCCCUGAGCUCGCUGCUCGAGUCCCCGAACAGCGUCUUCGCAAGCCUGUCGCGCCGCAUUAGUGCCCCUGCGGCGGGCGUCGCCGGCGGCAGCACCAGCAGCAGCCUACAAAGCGGCGGCAGCACCAGCAGCAACAGCAGCAGCUGGCAGCUCUUCGGAUCCAAGCCGGCGACGUCCAUGUUGUCGCCGUCGGCGGUGUCGGCGCCGGCGGCGCCGGCGGCAACAGCGACGCACCUUCACAGGGCGCAAUCGGCCCCCCUGGUGGCGGCGCCGCCGCCGUGCAAGGGCGCGGCGACGCUGACGUCAGCUUUGUCGGCGGUGGCCCUUGGCGGCGGUGCCAAGGUGGCGGCGGCGGCGAGCGCCGGGCUGACCAAGGCAGGGCUGGUGAAGGCGCGCAAGGAGAAGAAGGACUAGACGGAGCAAGGUUUCGCGGAUGGUUGGGCACGUGGUGUGCCCAUCUAGGUGUGUGAUGAAGUUACCGGGCAUAGCUGCGACCAGCGAUUGGUGGGGUGAGCCGCUGCUUACCGCGUGAUUGAGAGAGCGACAGCCCUGAUGUUGCCGUGUCAGAGCUGACUGUAUGGUACCUAAGGCAUGUGCGUUAGAAUCCAGGGCUCAAGAGCCGAGCGGCUUUGCACGCUUGAGUGCCCAGGGCGUCGCCACGAGCAUUCCCGUCUUGCUUUAUAAUUGCAUUUGCAAAACCACUGUCAGGAUCGAGAGGAGGCUGUUUGUUUUGCGUGUUUGGUGUGCAAACCCUGCCUGUGUGAACCCUCCUCACCUGACCCAGUUCUAUAUGGCAUAGACCCAUGCAUUCUUUUGCGUAGCACUGGCCCUGCGUUGCCACGAGGGGUAGAGGUUUGUACAGCUAGAUUCAUAGGUUGGCUUGCUGCAGGUUUAGGCACUGAGAGUGAGAGGCAGAGUCAUAGGGCACGUAUUCAAGGUUUGCUUAUAUGAUCGUAUGUAGCCGGUGUCUGUGAUCGGUGGGGUCACAGCAUACCGUAUGCCGUGGCUGCGGCUUGCGGUUUGCUACUUGCUUGUUUGUCCUGACUCACCGUCUCCCCCACGUCUCGCCAUCACCCGCGAGUCAACAGUGCGGGGUGUACGACAUUGUGAUUCCUACACUUAACGCUGACGCAGGAAGGGGUAGAGAGCAGCAGGAGUGUGAGAGUACUGAUCAGCUGCGUGGGCGGAGUUUGUGCCGUCGUUCGGGCUUCAGCGGAUGUGGUAUGUAUGUGUGGCUGUGUACGCACAAGCCUUUGGCUGGCAGCAGCAACAACGGGGGCAGUGUCGCGCCAUUUAGCCGGCACUGCAUUCCACCGGCACGAGCGUGUGUAGCCUAGGGUUUCGUGUCGUGUGCGUGGUUGCGUGUGGACUUGAGCAGCUAAGACUGCUGUGUAUCGCCUACUUGGUGUAGGAUUAACCUUGCUUGCUUUCGGCUUGAGAGAAAGGUGCGAGUGAGAAGUUGCCGUACAGUUGGUCGGUCACGUAGCGGGCAGUGAGGCAGUGACGCAUGUGAGCGGCACUGACCGCUGUUGCUCCAUAUUGGCUUUACAACGACUGAUGUGUAGUUCUUGUUACUCGUUGAGAGCGAGCUGGCUGAUCACCUGCGGGAGCGAGAACGCCAAGGCAUGUUCGGCGGCAGGCAAGACUAGCGUUUGGACCAGCUAGCAAGAGAACCAUCGGGGUAUCUCACAACUCGGGGACUGCGACGGCAGUCCAUUGUCCCAGCAACCCGCACUCGCGUAUUCGGUAUUCCUCCAGCAGUGAAGCAGCGUCCUCGCCUGGCCAGCCCUGGCCAGCUAGGUUAUGUCUAUGCCUAGCCUGGUUUAACACAGGUGGCUAGAGUGCAUGCGCAACCCAGGCGGGACAGGUGGCGGAGAAACUCAUAACCGGCAGAAUGACACAACAGCAGGGGGUAGUUCAUGCGAGAACCCAAAGCAAGUUAACCAAGUGAGGGGGGCGACAAGGACGUGUGGGCCGCGUCAGCGGGGACGAUGUGCCAUGGUAUGGUGCCACGGUAUUUGCUUGCAUGAUUGUAACACGUCGGCGGC